AUGUCGUUGUUUCAAAUUCAAGCCGCAGCCGACGCAUGGUUGGCACAAAACAUUACAGCUGCUUAUGCCGCCGAUCCAAGAGUAAAGAAUGAGUGGUGGUACCCACUUGCCUCCUCCGUAGCUGCAACCGAAUUCAGAGGGUAUCAAGACUGGUUCCAAAAAGUCGACAAGGAUAAAUCUGGAACUCUUGAGUUGAACGAACUCAAGAAGGCUACCUUCCCAGGCAAAAUCAAACUCGAUGAUGACACCUGCAAACACCUCAUGAGCAUUUUCGAUAUCGACAGAUCCAACUCAAUUGGAUUUUAUGAGUACUUGGCUCUUAUGAAAUAUGUCGAACUUACAACCGCCAUCUUCAAACAAUUCGACAAGGACAAAAGCAACUCCCUCGACGAACAAGAGAUCUUCAGAGCAAUGCCACAACUCGGAUUUGACUUGAACAUGAACUCAUGCAGAAUCCUUCUCAAGACCUGUGGAAAAGGACUCUUGUCAAAGAAAGUCAACGUCUCGCAAUUCAUCGGAUGUGCUGCUUAUCUCGGACAAAUCAGAACCAUCUAUCAACACGGCUUCAAGCAAGCACAAGGACCUUUCCAAAGAGCGACCUUUGCCAAGUUCAUGAAUUUGACCCUCAACCUCAUGGAUGACGCUUAA